AUGGCGGACUACAUCCACGUCCCGGACGAGGCUCCCGCGGUGCCCAAAAUAGACGUGACCAUGGACGAGAAAGACUACAGAAGCGGAGCCCUGCAGCUCAUGAAGGAGCUGAGACCCAACUGGAAGCCGGCCGAGAUCAAAUUGAAGUUCUUCACAGACGGGAUCACCAACAAGCUUCUGGGCUGCUACGUGGGCGCGGUGAUGCAGGACGUGGUUCUGGUGCGGGUCUACGGGAAUAAGACGGAGCUCCUGGUGGACCGGGAGAACGAGGUGAAGAGUUUCCGCGUGCUUCAGGCCCACCGCUGCGCGCCGAGCCUCUACUGCACCUUCAACAACGGCCUCUGCUACCAGUUCCUGCCCGGAGCCGCGCUGGAGCCCCAGCACAUCCGCAGCCAGCCGCUCUGCAGGUACCAGGGAACCAGGGGGAAGAUUAGAACCAUUAGACCGGGCCAGAUCAGAACCAUUAGACCGGACCGGGCCAGAUUAGAACCGUUAGACCGGGUCCCAGAGGACAAGUUAGACCGGGUCCCAAAGGACAAGUUAGACUGGGUACCAGUGGACAAGUUAGACCGGGCCAGAUUAGAACCGUUAGACCAGGCCAGAUUAGAACCGUUAGACCGGGCCAGAUUAGAACCGUUAGACCGGGUCCCAAAGGACAAGUUAGACUGGGUACCAGAGGAACCAGUGGUAGACCGGGUUACACUCGACCUAGUGGACAAACUGGACCCGUUGGACCGGGUCGCAGAGGACAAGUUAGACUGGGUUAGACCGGAUUCCAGAGGAUCCAGUGGAUCCGUUGGACUGGACCCAGUGGACCUGUUAGGCCGGGUUAGACUGGACCCAGUGGGCACAUUAGACCAGGUUAGAUUGGACCCAGUGGGCUGGGCCAGAUUAGAACCGUUAGACCAGACUGGACCAUUGGACACGUUAGACCGGGUCCCAGAGGAAAAGUUAGACCGGGCCAGAUCAGAACCAUUAGACCGGGUCCCAGUGGACAAGUUAGACCGGGCCAGAUUAGAACCGUUAGACCGGGUCCCAAAGGACAAGUUAGACCGGGCCAGAUCAGAAUCGCUAGACCGGGUCAGAUUAGAACUGUUAGACCGGGCCAGAUUAGAACCGUUAGACCGGGUCCAGAGGACAAGUUAG